ACUUGAUUCUAAAAAAAAAAAAGACAUGGUAAGAAAUGGUAUGCUUUGACCAGACUUGAGUAUCAGUGUUUGCUUAUCAUAGUCAAGUGAAUCAACAGAAGAACAAACACAUUUCUUCACUCUAGCUUGCCUUGUCAAGAAAUAGGAGGCAUAUCACGUGAUGACAGGGAAUAAAUGUCCACUUUCAGAGCAAGAGAUUAGGACUUUCUUUAAAAUCGCAAGAUGUCAAAGUUAGAAAAAAUGAGCUCAGAGGAGCAUAUCAACAUAAGCAAGAAAAUGUUUUAUGGAGGUUUUGCUUUCUUGCCUUUGCUAUGGCUUGUCAAUUUCCUAUAUUUCUUUAAAACAAGUCGGAAACCUGACGCACCUAAAGAACUAAAGCGAUAUAUAUAUAUGUCGCUAGGCGGUAGUAUUGUUUGGUUUAUUAUACUAACUACUUGGUAUGGCUUAUUCGUGAACAAAAGAGUGGACUGGGGUAUUAGUGCGGAUCGUAUUACAGUAGUUAUACCCAAAGGAUUGUAAUUGGUGCCUUUUUUGUUGAUUUGUUUAUAUGCUAUAUGCCUUUCUAUCCAUUUCUAUUUCGCUCCCUCUUUCCUUCUCUUUUUAUCAUUUGUUCUUUCUCUUCUCUCUCUUAACUUUCACGCUUCAUAUCAAUAAAUACAUGGCUGUUUGCUAUUUUUGUGGUUCAACCAAGCACAAAUCCAGUGAUUGUGUAAGUAAUCCAUAAAAUAAACCCAUUCAAGUUUGCUUAUCUAUC